AUGCUCAUGCGCCUCACAAAAAGUAGUAAUAUUAUACAAGCCAUCGAUAAUGUCGAAAAAGGGAAGGUAUGUAAGCCUGGAUUUUUUCAACGUCUCCAAAGCACAAUCCUCAACAAUAUUAAAAUUGAAAUAAAUGAGUUAUCUAUUUGUCUUGUAAGUGGAACGGGCAUCUCUGACGCGGAAAAGAUAAGUGUAUGUCUAAAAGUUCCAAGUAUAAAAUGUGAGCCAACAGAUUCUAACCACGCACUUUUUGUUUCAGGUGAAGCACGUGGUAAAAUUUUCAGACGUGUUGUCAUUGAAAAUACCACCUUGCACAUAAAUAACGGGAAGCCGGUUGACGUUUGCUUGAGUUCCGAUCAACAUAGCUUGAAUGAACUUGCCUUUGAAGACUUUGCUCGAGUUUGUGAAGACGUUUCAAAUUAUCAGACUGCUUUGAGCUCAAAAAAGGCAACCGUCACUAUUGUAUUCAACCCUGAAACUAGUGAUUUGCAAUGCUUCACUACUAUUGUGUCUGUUUUGAUAUUCAUUGAUCAAAUUUUUUUAAUCGCCUCUUUAUCCUUAUUUAAAUCAUUGAAUCAGGCAAAAUCAGCUGCUAGUGUCGAUAAGCCAGUCUCACGACCAAUGUGUGCGAAUGCAUCUGCAUGGUGGCGGUAUGCUAUUUAUUCAGUAGUAUCUGAGAUAUCAGCGUCCCGUAAGCGGAAAUAUUUUGAUUGGAAUAAGUACGUUUCGUGGAAGAAGGCUUGCACAAAAUACUACAAUCGUAUGCUUGUUGAAUAUGGUGCUCCAUGGAUUGUACCUGAGGAUAUUGCCACUGACAAUAGUGAGCCAGAGGAAACUCUCUCUCCUGAUGAUCUCACUGAACUCAGAAAAAAGGCUCGGGAUGCAGUGCAAGUAUUUGAAGCGCGCCGCAUUGUUCCGGAUUUAAGACUUUGCCAUGAAGCUUCUAUACGUAAACCUGAAGCAUCUCCACAAAGUCCCUUUCUUCCUAGUCGCCUAACAUUUGAACUACCGAAAAUUCGGAUUCGUACGGACGAUGAUUUUUUCCUUGAUGCAGAAGUCUUUUCUGUCACGGUACACGUGGGACGGAAAAAAAUAAGUAUCAAUGCAUCACUUCAAAGUGCUCAGCUCAAUAGCUUAGAAACCAAAUUAAUCCCACAUGAAUCUGAUCUUCUUAUCGCGAGAAGCAAUAAACCUACGUUAAAGUGUGAUAUUCACGGAUUUGGAGAAUCUGUUGAAACCACUGUUAGGAUGUCUUCAUUGAGUAUUUUCAUAAGUGAGUCUUCGCUUAGCACGUUACACGCAAUGUGUGAAAAGUACCGUCAAGUGAGUAUGAUGGUUUCACAAAAACUUCGAGAGGUUAGAAACACUGAAGCCAAUGAUGGGACACAAUCCAUAUUGCACUCGCUCACGCAUAAAAUUGCAAUGACUGUUAACUCUAUUGCAAUUACCAUUGGUGAUGCUACCACAAGCAUUGAGGGUGUUUCUCUUUUAUCCAAUCCAAAUUCUGUCAACUGCUCGAUAUCUAGUACCUUGGUGUCAAUAUCGGGUGUAAAUCUUUUUCGAGGUGAGAAUAUAUCACUGACAUCUCAAUUCAUGGAUUUUGUAUUUAAUAUAAAAAUAAGAGCUGCAAAUAUCGAGAAUAACUUAGUGGCCUUCGAGCACCUAAAAAAUACCAUGUCUACUCUGAAGCAGUUAUAUUACAAAAUUUCUCAGAAUCGUUCAGAAAAAGUCGGUGAAUUUCAUGAUUCAAAGAUUUUUGUCGUAGUUGUUGAGUUCACCUCUAUACGUUUCAGCGCAUUGGAGUUCUGUAAUGUUUCCACAAGUACAGCUAUUCGCGAUGGAUGGAAAGUCAGUAUGGAUUGUAAAGGUGUACAAUGUGCUUCAGCAUGUUACCCCACUGCCAAGGUAAGCCUAUUAAUCUGGGCAAAUUCAAUGCUUUCUUCAUCACCUUAUUCUGGAGAGAUUAAUGAAAAUGGGAUCGCUUUUCACUUUCGCGCAAACGAUCUUCAUCUCCAGGUUGAUAAUGUGUUUGCAGAAGUUAUUGAAUCUCUUUAUGAUGUGGUAAAUUUAUUAAUCAAUCCACAAGAGGAUGCCCAUGUCUACCUUAGAGACACAUGCAUGUUUAACAUCCCAAACAUGUCCGGAUCAAUCUUUCUAGACGACUGUAGUAUGUGUCUUAUUGACGACGAAAACAUACUUCUUCCUAUAGAAAUUUGUGCACUGGCAAGACGGAGCCUUGUGGUGAAAUUCAACUACUACAGGGACAAAAGGGUGGACGUUCAAGUAGAUUGGAAUGACGGCGUCAAUGCAUUCAUCAAAGACCUUUCUCCAACUGUAGUUGACUUACUUCCGCAUCGGAGUGGAGGGCGUUGCUCUGUACAAUUUCACUUGACCCCACCACAAAGUCAAGACAUGUUACUAUUUCCCUAUGCACGGCUUCAUCUUAAUGUCGAGACUGAUAACUAUGACGCGGUAAUGCACUUUCCGACUAUCCAGGCAUUAUGGUUGCAGUUUAAUUCAGUUCGAUUACCCUUGUGGAGGCUAUGCAAUAUCGGUUCCCGCAUUCACUUUACUAAUCGAUCAAGCCGCAUGGGCCUGCGACCAGCGCGUUCGCCAACUUCCCAGAAAUACGCUGACUUGGGACAUGCGGCAAAGAUGAAGAGCAUAUAUGGUUGUGAGGUGAUCAACCCAUCACCCUUCCAUUUGGAGGGACUCUUCCCAAUGGAAAUUAAAAUGAACAUGAAAUUCACGCAAUCGGGAUUGUAUUAUCUUUGGGGAAGUGGGGAAAUCGCUUCGAUGUAUUUUUAUAUUUCAUCUUGCGAAGCCCACUUAUCUAAUCGUGAUGGCUGUCUACGUGCUGAACUUUCAGGGCAGCUUUCCUUUCCUCAACUACGCUUUAUUAGUCCGACGCCCUUGGCAUCACCGACAUCACCAGACGUGUCAACACAUGUAGGCACCUCGAAAAUACACUCUCGCUAUGUUUCUUUCGGCUGUUCCUACGCCAAAAAUCCUUUGCUCCUCAAACUAGUGUAUACCAACGAUAGUAGGCCGCCGUUCAAUGACGGAGUUGCCAAUGAAUCUCUCAAUAUAUCCAUCACUGGUUGCACUUUUCGUAAACCUUCCACGGGGACGUCGCCUUUCCAGAACCAACAUGAGCCCAUUCUAGCUCGAUUCGACCGUGAGGAAGUAGCAGCGUGGCUAACUGUGUUAAGUUACAACAACGCAGCCAAAACAGCAAUACAGAGCAUACGGGAUAACUUUCCUGUGCUUCCUUCCUUCGCGCCUCCUACUAAAUUCGUCUCUGAAGAAGUUAACUGCAAUGCAGCCAAAAAAAAUCGUCGUAUAUUAACAACAGUGCAAUUCGCCCCUGCACUGCUUCACUUCCCGACGACUGGGCUAGCGGUCUUGCUGAGCGGGGGCCUUCGCCUUUCAAACACAUCUGUUUUGAAUGAGAUGUGCAUUCCCAGCGUGUCUUUGUUAUACAGUGAAUUUUUUUUUCACCAAAUAGAUCGCUCGCUCUUAGAAAGUAUUAUUUGGAGUACUCCAAGGCCAUAUGGACCGCAUAGUCGUAAAAAGGAUAGAGAUAUCCACCUCUUAGCUCGUAUAGAGUCAUUUUCCAGAGACGUAAAGGAUGUUUUGGAUACACACAUAACCCAACAAAUGAGUGCAAUAGCAGUUUACUGGGCAACCUCGCAAAAUCCCAUCAAACCACAUGAUGACAAGAAGGACAGAACUAUUGAAAUUCAAGGGGAUGGUCUCAAUCCAUGGUUUGCUUCCCAACGUCUUCUAGUUGGUCAGCUUACAUCCAACAUCGACGAAUCACUGCUAGCGUCCUUCAUAGGUUCGACCGCCAGGAUCACUAAUGGGUUCUACCAAAUCAAACAAACAAUGUUGAGAUACAAUAACAACAUUUCACUCGCGGAGUGCGCUCGAAUAAACCUUUAUAUAAAUUAUUAUGGUCGUGACCGUAACUUGCUAGCCUUUCCGGACGGGGAAGGAUUGUGUCAGCCCCAGGAGUACCAUGACGCCGUGAACAAUGUUGAUGCAGUUGAGAGUAGGCCUCUCGCCAAGACGCUCCAGGAUUCGGUUCUAUCGCCACCUACAUUUUACCUUUUUCUUGAAGCUAUCCAUAUCGAAUACAAUUGGCGUACUCAGCUCUUAACUCCUCCAGCGUCGACUGUGAGCAUAGUUUUUCGAUGUGGACCUUUGCAGUAUUGCAACAAACACCGAGAGGCAACCACAGGUAACGCAGACAACAUGUGUCAGCUCGACGAAACAUUAGUAUGCGAUACUUGUCAACCACCCCGUGGUUCUCUUGCGAUUAUUGCUUUUGAUCAUGUUCACGUGUUUUUUAAGCUUGACCUGAUAGAAAUUCCCGUCGAUAUAGAUGCUAAUGAGACUAACGGCUCUUUGAAGGCGUUUUCAAAAACAUUUCCUCUUGUAUUUCCCUUUGAUAUAACCACGAUACAGACCCGCAAGGUUAGUUUUGUGUCACUUCUAGACACACAAGAAGAACCCUUUGGCAUCCCAACAACUUUUCCCAAUAACCACGUUUCUACGGAUGCAAAUAGCAGUUCAUGCUUAACAGCUAAAGCAGCGGCUCCUCUUGCUCUAGAGGUAUCGCCGCUGUUCAUCUUGUUAUUACCAACUUCUUACAUGUUGCUAUAUGAGUUGGUUCAGUCUCUUACUGUGAUGUUCUCAGUUGUGCCCACAAAACCUCACCUUCCUCCUGCAGUUGAGCGAAACGCGGCACCGCUUCACGCGGAGAUGAGAAAAGCAGAUAAUAAACAGUCUGUGAUGUCAUUACGAAGCGAUGUAGAACACUCACUUGGGGAAAGACCUAAAGAGCACUCUUCCCUGUGCUUUGUUAUUAGUAGUCAUCUUCUAGAACUGCGCAUAAUUAAAUUUUGCACUGAAGAGGAUGAAUGGGUCUUCUUGCAGAGUCUAGGGGUUGCGCAAGGAACCCCUGAGGCAGCCCUUUCGCCAACCCAGGCAGUUUCGUCCACGGCUGUUAUCUCCCAAGAAGAUGAAGAGAAACCCUUGGGUCAAUCUAAAGUAACCGAAGGACUUCAUCAUAGUAUUGAGUUGGUCCACAAAGAAGCAUUGAAUUUUGAAGACAAAAAUAGCGAUGCUGCACAAAGUCCAUCGGUUGUCGUGCCGACGAGAUCGUUUCCAAUGCUAAGCAAGGCUUCAGACAAUGCGAAUGUCUGUUUUCGUAAAAUAGGUAAUUUUUUCGUCAUAAAUAUCGAGCUGGAAAGAGAACAAAAGCAACAAGUGCUUUCACAAUGGACACGUGUCUGUGUUGCACACGCGGUCUUUGCCUGUGACUGUUUUGUGUUAUCUAUGAAUCAUACUUGUUUUACAUCCAACAUCGCUCAUAAAUGGUCUGCGACAAUAGCGCACGCGGCAUGUAGUCAUUAUGUACAUGACCACCCUGAUUAUCCACAAAAAUGGCAGCGUCAAGCAGCGCGAACCCAUAGCCAUGUGAGUUUGGUCUGCAUCGACGGCUUAGCGUGCCGUGGCUCGGUCGCGUCGCCUGAAGCUGAACAUCACGGCGUCGAAAAGAAACAUCAGUGCCACGAAGAGGUUGGUGAAGACGGACCAGAUCUGCACUGCAGCCGUACUGGGGACGCCUUUGAAGCUUUCUCUAUCGAAAAAAAGGAUUUCAGAUGUGAAGUUGAAAGCAUUGGGGUUGAAGUGGACAUACCUUCUGUGAUAACCUUGACCGAAUUUCUUAUUGUGAGCCCUUUGAAGAGGAUCAACUUUUUAAACCAGAAAGUCAGCCAGGACGGGGCCAAAGGUGGGGAUAUGGGGAUCGCGGCCACGGUAUCACCUCAAUGGAUUCACAUAGCACCCAUCACUGGGGACAAAUGGUCUCUCACAGAGGAUGUGCAUCUUUCACAUCGUCGACACAGCAAAGUUUUGUACUUCCGCAGCCUAAACUCAAAUCACUUGACAGUGCACAUGAAUGGGCACACUAUUUUCAUUGAACCCGAUCAUGGCCAUACUGGAAGCACACUCAGAGGGAAUGGCUGCCCUGAAGACAAAGGGAGUAAAUCAUCUGCAAAUGCUCCUCACCGUGGAUUUCAACUUGACCAAGCACUGAUGAUUGUAGAGGCUGGCCUUACGGUGCGCUUUGUGGGUGCUGGUGGGUUCCGUAUCCCCAUUCAUCACUGGAGCCAAGGCCUAGCCACCAAAGUAGAGCGGAUGGGUGUUGUAGCGGCGUUGCUGCCCUACACAACCUUGGGAGAGGCGAGUUGGGUAGAGUGCGAAGAGGGGCUACAUCUCGGGUUUACGGAAGCUUAUUUCAGUAUGAACACCAGCAGGGACGACCCAACUACUGCAUAUGUUGAAUCAAGCCCUAGUAGUGUGGCGCAACUUCCGAGAAACUACGGAAAGGUGGAAGGGGAACAGCACAUUCGACAGCGUCAAGGACGACUUCAGUCGUUUGACGCUUUCUCUUCAAGCCUAUCUGUUGAACUUGGUGAUCAGGCGAGCCCAUCUGGUGAAGAAAAUGUAUGGAGUAUGCCUAUGAAGGAAUACAAGACGGAUCUUGAGGCUGCCUGCGACGCGUUGAACAGCCUAUUCAUUCUGCCUCCCUUGGAAGAAGAAGACAAACGUGUGGUCUCUUCUGAUGAUGAGGUUAAGGAGUUAGCAAAACAGGUAAGCCCAUGCGUGGCCGCUUACUCAUCAGCGGAUGGGACUAGUAACCUAUCAGAAAAUGUUUUUACUACAACAUUUACACAGGGUCACGGAGUGUUAGAGAGAUCAUUACAGAACUCCUUGACUGGAAUUAUUAGACGUCUUACUGUGUGCUGGCGGUCGUCUGUGGAACCGCGCUUCCUGCAUCUAAACACAUCCUUGCAUCUCCAGACAUGCCUUAUUGAUGGUCAAUGGUCAGAGGGACAGCUUCAACUGCAGCAACUCGCUAUGCACUCUCAACUCGAAGGGGUGUACUCGAGCACGACGAGCGCCAUGAUUCUCGCUCCGACCAGUGUUGAUGUACGCUUAAACAAAGGGUUUCAUCAUGCUGCGUCGUUAGGUCCCCUGAGUGUGGACAUAACUAAAAAUGACGUUGACCUGUUUCGCUCCCUAAUUCACGAAACUCAAUCUGCUAUAGAGUACUUCUCAUAUCUUCGCCUCACACAGGAGGAAAAGGAAAUCCUUCAACUCAUUGAGGCCACCAUUGUGUCGAGGCCGGUUCACACCUACCACAUUCACAGUGAUGUUCUCAAGGGCGAAGCGGAGGAGACUACCAACGGUUGUAGCAACACACCUGAAGCCCCUAGACAGACAAGAGCCCCUUCCAGGACAGAUACAUCACCCUGCUCGACAUCGUUUAUUCAACACGAAGGGACCGCGAAAGGUGGGAAAACACGUAAUACUAGGGAAGGUCUUCAUGAGGACGAUAUUGGAUUAACCUCUUUCGCCCUGUACAUCCCCUUAGUAACCGUCACUUUAAGUGAUCACCGCUUUCCUCUCCUGCGUGCUACGGUUCGAGACAUCGCCCUGCGGCAUACUACUAAUGCAGCCUCUGAUCGUGCUAUUUUCCUCCAAAGCCAAGCUUUUGAAGUAGAUGUCUUUGGAAAAGGACUCUGGGACUCUGUGCUCUUGCCGACUGCAGAGCUUACCGUGGAAUAUAUUCAGUCCAAGUCACGAUACAGUAGUAACACUCGCCUUUUAGUAACCUGCGACGGGUUGCAGGUACAGUGCUCUUACCGUGUCCUGUCUAGCCUUUUCUAUGCCACAAAUCAAGCAUCAACUUUCUUCCGGCAACAGAAGCGCGUCGUGCCGCCUGUGCCAAUCAAUUUCAACGUCCAUAGGCGGUACUCAUCGACUGCAAUUACUAACGAGACGGCUCGUGAUAACUCCGAUACUGAUUCCUGGUGGAUUUCUGCCGCUAAAACGCACCAGUUACACUCAGAAAAAUCUGUGGCUAGAUCUCCGGCCGUGGUCAGAGAUGUUUACUCUUUCCCUUCUUCCUCUCCACUAAACUUGAUCGAAGCCGGCUCAGCUUCUACACCCCUUUCCUCUGCAUUGCCCUCUAUGUCAAGAGAAGCUCUGAACACUGAGGCCAUCUUGUGUGGGGAUUCGACUACCGUUGGACUUCCUCUCGCGGAGGAAACGCGUUCUGAAAAGUCGACGAGGGAUGUAGGCGAGGUAAGAGAUAGUUUCGUGCCCUCCAAAGCACAUCCUAUCCGAUCAGCUGUGUUGAUUGAGGGAACUGCAACGCACCGCUUCAAAAAUAGCUUUAACUGCACCUUUUACCUUCGAAUUGGAUGCAAAAGCGGCGGCGCGGAUGCAGAUUGGCUGUGUGUGCCACCCUCAUCAUCUGUAGAUAUCUUGAUUCCCUAUAAGCGUGUGCAUGAGCUGUUUGUAUGCGUGUUUCCACAAGAUUACGUAGUGUGGUCCGUUUCCAGUGGCUCCUACGUUCUCACAACAAAGGCUAAAAAUAGCGUUCUGUCAAAAGCAGAGGUCGCGGUAUCGGCUCUGCGUUAUGGUAGAGCCACCGGACUGUUGGUGGGAGAGGAUAUGCUGGUUGUUCUUUCUUGCGUGGACCCGAGGCGCUUAGGGGCUUCCGCUAGCCGCGAGGCAGGGGUCAGCCCCGACGGCCCCUCCCCUGAAGUGGUUCCGAUGGGCGUCACAUGCGAGGCGUCACGGUGGGCGGGAUUGCAACAAAGUGCCUUACCUUCUCCGCAGGUCGAAGGUAACAGCAGCGAGGCAGCUCCAAUUCCAACUUCAGACGAGGAGGGUGACGUUGCUGGCCUAAUUGUUGUCCAGAUUCACGCAAAGCUGACCCUUUGUAAUCAGAGCGGUGUGCCGUUGCUUGUUAGCCAGCAUCUUGUUGGAGAACGGGUAGAAGAGACGGGGAUGAUAUACAGGAACAUGCAAGGAGGGAGGAACGAGGUGGGGGGGUCUGGGGAUCAGCAAGUAAGAGGGAUAGAUAAUACUGCGGAGUACGAGCUCCUCCCCACGGGCUACUGUUAUCCACUAAAAAGUAAUUGCUUUACUUUGCGCCUUCGGUGCAACACGAAUAGAACAUUUAACAGUGUCUACGCAGCUGAGAUUGACGUGCUAACGUUAAAAAGCGGAAUGCUGCUGAGGUUAUACCCUUUUCCCGAAACAACUGACAGCAGCAUUUGCAACAAGGACGAUAAGCAACGCAAAAUUCCUCGAGGAAGUUGUGGGGUUGCACAGAUGAUACGUCAAGAUGCGUUUAACGACACUCGCCCCUUAAUGUUCUUAGUUGCGUGUAGAGAAAUCACCGAGAGUCAGUCUCGUGUCAUUACACUGCUUCCAUGUUUUAGAGUUGUGAAUCACACAGGUAUCACGCUGAAAAUCUCCAUAUGGCAGAAGGAUGGGUUUGCUGGCGCACAAACACCCAUGGAUUGCGCGCUUAUGGAACCAUGGCUACCGAGAGAGAGUGACAGAAAGUGGUGUGUCCCUGAGAAAAAAAAACAUUUCUUCUACAGCAGUCUCGUCCCUCUUGCCAUACAUGAUGAACUGCGCCACAAUCACGCUCUGUCGAUUCUUCAGUACACUGUCGACAGCAACUUGGCCCUUGGACUCUCUUUCGCCCAGUGUACUGGUGCCAUGGUGCGUACUGAGGGUCUUGUACCUAUCGUAAAGAACCUGCGCCGUGCUUUACAUCAUAAUUCAUUAUGGCUUCCUUUGCAUGAUAGCAUCGGUCGCACUUUUCAUGUACAUGUUGCAAUUUUCCAGCGUGUCAUUGUGUUGUCGGCGGCUGUAUGGGUAUACAACCUCACUUACUACCCCCUUUUGUUGACGGACAGCUCCCUUACGUGUCGGCUGACGGCAGGGCAGGACUCCAACACCGGGAUCAUCCCGUCACAAGGAACGCCAUUUCUCAUCGGCUGCAAGUUACAGGACUUCCCAUACAUGUCCUUCAAAAUAGGGUUGGAUGGUGAGUGGUCAAGUCUUGUUCCCAUGGAUGUCGGUACCAGCGGCGUCUUCGAGUCCAUCCAAAAAGAAUUUCGCAUCACACGAAGUUGCAACUAUUCGAUCCAAUUUCCAAACUUACAAAUGGCCCGCCCUGUCGUCCUGUGUAUCACAUCCAGAUGGGUUUUCAUCAACCGCACCAUGAAAUCGCUUCGAUUGUUCUUUGAUUACCCAGGAAUGCAAGGUGUGAUUGAGAAGACUUACGAGGAAGCGCGAAAGGCAGCCUCGCAGACUGCGGGUGAUACCACAAGAAGUCGAGGCAUCACUAUGGCAUUGGCGUCCGUUGUCUCCAUCGAACUCAAUCCAGGUGAGUAUCAUGUCAGCUGUAUCGGAACCGAUACGGGCAACAAGCUCACACUUCAGGAAAAAGUCGAAGCCAUACCAUCCUCUCUGACCACCACUACCACCGCCAUCACGGCAGGUGACAAGGAUACUCCCAUGCUUUACGAAAGCCUACGCACUGACAAUGUCCCUAUUGACCAGCCUGGGCAGGCAACGCUCAACCUGUGGGUAGUCCCACGUCCGCUAGUGGCUUCUUUACCCCCGCACAGUUGUGCCACGGCUGAGGGCUCGUUUGGCGGUCCUGACACCGACGCCGUUGUCACCGGCCGGAUUAUAGUGUCGGUGCAGAACGCGGAGGGAAUGCUUGCUGUCGUCCUUAGCAGCUGCUCCGACCAGCACGUGUUGAUUCAGAACCGUACCCAAGGGACAACAGUCAUAGUCACACAAAAGGGUCGUCAGCGCCGCAGUAUUAUCCCUGUUCGGCAGGAUCGGUUUUUCUUCUGGGAGGACAGUAGUGGCGAGCACGUGAUGGGGGUCCGUGCGCAGGGAAACAACAUCAGCUGGUUCGAGAUCGACUUUACCCAUGGUAACUGUCUGAUAACACCCAGGCAAAGUGAUUCCACGUUGAAAGGCAAUGAACAGAGUCCGCGUGCAAGGGAAAGGGAAAAAUACGGACGAAGAAAGUGUCCACCCCAAUCACCAAGCAGUGAGGCUGCCAGAACACCACCUUUUCAUGUCCGUGGCUAUGUAAGCACUGAGAAAAAGCGAGUUACUGUAAUUAUCACAGACGCGCCGAUCCCGAGAUAUGUGACGAUUGAUCCAUGGCGAACCUCAUUUUUUUUUGGUCUUAGAGUACCCUUUAUGCAAGCACGCUGGUUGUGUGAUGCCAUUCAAGCUGAGGGGGUGGCACACGACAUUCAACGUCCUGCGGCAUUGGUGUCGUGCGCGGUAGAGAGUCUCUCGUUGGAUUGGCUCGACACCGAGGACAGCAGCAACGGCUUCGCGACCAUGCAUCAGCUGCAGCUGAUCGACGAGGUGCGUCAGGCGGUGUUUCUUUACCGUGCGCGGGUGAAACCCCCACCAUUGUUGCGCCGCUCCACCGAAUCCUCCCCUUAUUCUUCUGUGGGGGACGAGGGCCUCGAGACUUCGCCCACCCUGCAAGUCCCAAUAUCACGAUGUGCAUCAGUGACUUUGCCGCGGCAGCUGCUGCAUCGUGCAUCCUCGACGUUUGGACCGAGUUCUAGUGCACUCGAGAGCCCUCAUGCUGUGCAUGUAUCCAUACCUUCAUCUCAUGAGCUUAAUCGUUUCCAUCGCACUGACUCUUGUUUACGCGAAGAAUAUCAGGCGAGCAACACUUCAGAGACAACGUUGACACUUAGUUUAUUUGAGGCACGUCGAAGCGGUAGUUUGGCACUGUUCCCUCAAACUCACCGCUCUCCUGAUACUUCCACCCGUGGUGCUGCGCACGCUGGCCGAAAACGCAGACUGAACGAUAAUCGUGGAGUGCAGGGCCUCUCGAACGCAGUAGGCAAGAAUGUCUCCGCACCUGGAUGGGUCUCGGGUUCUGUGUUUUCUCUCAUGGGAUACAAGACAGGUGACUGGGCCCAUGAAACUAUGGAGUUGGAGUGGGAUCUCAAACUCGAGCUAAGCGUUGUUAAAUAUCCAGAUGGUAUGCGACGUGUGACGGAGCUUCAUGGCAGUAUUACUGCUUUAGUUCUGGUGAUUUCCGAUCUGUGGCUCGCGCACUUUCUUCGAGAGGUUGGGAUGCUACGGACCUUGCUCGCACAGGUGCGUCGGUGCAGAGUUAAACAGCUAUCAACCUAUCAUCGUGGCGGAUUUGAGAGUGUCACGUCUUCGGGGACUGAAGAUGCGUUGCUUGAGGGCGCAGAUCGAUACACUAGCCGCUCAGCUUGGCUUCAUGAUGGAAGAAACGAAGACGACAUGGUGCGCCCCAGUGGGACACCGUCGUCUGUGGCCGCGACUCUGCAACCAUCCCAUAUGUUCAUCCCAAAUUCACGUCAUAGUAACCAGUUCAGUAACUAUAAUGAGGUACGACGAGAGUUAAUGGACAUGCGAGGCAGCUCCGGGGCAAGGUUGUCGUCUCCCCACAAGGCGAUCCGAAUGGAAAGUUCUGUGCCUGAGCAGCUUGCUUCUCAGCCUGUCCUGCAUUUGCCCCAGCGCGACGUUCCCGCCGCGCCGUCAACGGAACUUGUUCCGCAGGCAAUGUUUGUUGUACGGCUAGUCCGCGCAAUCCUAGCGCAGCAGCCAUCGACAGAGACGUCUGCGGACAACGACACUUAUCCUGGUGGGAAAGGGCGCCAGGCAGGCGUGACGCCUCACGGGCGAGGUACGAAACUUCGUUCACCAGCAGAUACGAGCUCGUUCGGUUUGUUUUAUGUUGAGAAGAUGCACUUCUCGCGUGUGACCUUUUUCAUCACCUUUACGCGGCAAGACCCCGACCCAUUAUGGCCACUCAUUGGGGCCUACGCACUGAUGCUACCUACUGACCUUCGACAAUGCGAAUUCUACUUCAAGCCCUUCACGUUAGAACACUACAUGGGUACGGUCAGUUCGAUUGAGGCUAUUUUGAGAAAGUGGUGCGUGCGCAGCCUCCUAAGACAGUGGACAAAGGUGACGAAGUUGGGCACUGUGCUGAACAUGCUGCAGUGGUGGCGCACGAGGUGGGUGCUGCGGGGGCCGCCGAUCAGACUGAACCUGGCCCUUGUUCGCCGCUUACAAUGUACUAUGGGGAAGAACACCAAGAGGGGGACCGCGCAGCACGCAGCGAAUGCCCACCAUUCUUUCGUGGUUCCGUUCAUGUCCUCCGAAGAGGAGGAUGCAGAGGAGAACAACCUGCUCGAGAAGUCAGCAGCAAUGGACUCGGAAUCCCGGCGGUAG